AAAUUGAAGCCUAACCAACGUUCCUCUCAAUACAAUACAAUACAAUAUGUAUUGCAUAAAAGAGUGUGUGUGUGAAUGUUGAUCGUUACAACCAAGUUAACCAAAACACAAGCUUGUAGUUCGCUACAAUAUAUUUUAGUGAAGUUUUGAGCUUAAUUUCCACAAGCACUUCCUCCCACAGAAGCUCAUAUAUAUAGUGAACAUUUCUUUGUAUCAUUGAUCUCUCAAGUCAAUUAUGUCAAGAAGAGGUUCAAGGGGGAAAAGGGUUCCAUUGCUGAAGCUUUUCUCAUUUGCUGACUUCUAUGAUUAUGUCUUGAUGGCCGUUGGAUCAAUUGGGGCAUGUAUUCAUGGUGCAUCUGUGCCUGUUUUCUUUAUCUUCUUUGGAAAAAUUAUUAAUGUCAUAGGUUUGGCUUACCUUUAUCCUAAAGAAGCUUCUCACCAAGUUGCCAAGUAUGCGUUGGAUUUUCUAUAUCUAAGUAUAGUAAUAUUGUUUUCAUCAUGGGCAGAGGUAGCUUGUUGGAUGCAUACCGGGGAACGUCAAGUAGCAAAGAUGAGGAUGGCAUAUUUAAGCUCAAUGUUGAAUCAAGAUAUAAGUCUUUUUGAUGCUGAGUCAUCAACUGGAGAUGUUAUUUCUUCUAUUACAACUGACAUCAUUGUUGUUCAAGAAGCAUUAUCUGAGAAGGUUGGGAACUUUAUGCACUUUGUAAGCCGAUUUAUAGCGGGCUUUAUCAUCGGCUUUUUCAGAGUUUGGCAGAUCAGUAUAGUGACACUUGCUGUUGUUCCUUUGAUUGCUAUUGCUGGAGGUCUUUAUGCAUAUGUGACAUUUGGGCUUAUUGCAAAAGUUCGUAAAUCAUAUCUAAGGGCAGGUGAAAUCACUCAGGAGGUGAUAGGAAAUGUCAGAACCGUACAAGCAUUUGGAGGAGAACAAAGAGCGGUGAUAUCAUACAAAGUGGCUCUGAGGAACACAUAUAAGAAUGGUCGAAAAGCAGGUUUAGCAAAGGGUCUAGGACUAGGCUCUAUGCAUUGUGUCCUUUUUCUAUCAUGGGCUCUGCUUGUUUGGUUUACCAGCAUUAUUGUUCACAAGGGCAUCGCCAACGGUGGAGUGGCUUUCACUACCAUGCUCAAUGUGGUUAUCUCUGGCCUGUCACUUGGGCAGGCAACACCCGACAUUUCUGCAUUUAUCAGAGCAAAGACAGCAGCUUAUCCCAUUUUCGAGAUGAUAGAGAGAGACACAGUUAGCAAAAAUAGCUCAAAAAAUUGUCGAAAAUUAAAAAAAAUAGAUGGUCACAUACAAUUUAUUAAUGUCUGUUUCAAUUACCCAUCUCGCCCUGAUGUUGCUAUUUUCAACAAUCUUUGUCUUGAGAUUCCUUCAGGUAAAGUUUUGGCACUUGUAGGAGGGAGUGGUUCAGGAAAAAGUACAAUUAUAUCGUUAAUUGAGCGUUUCUAUGAACCAAUUUCUGGUCAAAUUCUGUUAGAUAGGAAUGAUAUAAAAGAACUUGAUCUUAAAUGGCUUAGACAUCAAAUUGGACUAGUUAAUCAAGAGCCUGCACUUUUUGCUACAAGCAUAAGGGAGAACAUAUUGUAUGGUAAAAAUGAUGCCACUCCUGAAGAACUAAGCCGUGCUUUGGAACUUUCUAAUGCUCACUCUUUCAUCAACAAUCUUCCUGAUGGAUUAGAUACUCAGGUUGGUGAGAGAGGAAUACAAUUAUCAGGGGGACAAAAGCAGAGAAUUGCAAUAUCUCGUGCGAUAGUUAAAAAUCCAUCAAUCCUUUUAUUAGAUGAAGCAACUAGUGCUCUAGAUGCAGAAUCUGAGAAAAGUGUACAAGAAGCUCUUGAUCGUGUCAUGAUUGGUAGAACAACUGUGAUAGUAGCACACAGACUUUCAACCAUUAGAAAUGCAGAUAUGAUAGCUGUUGUUGAACGAGGGAGCAUUGUGGAAACUGGAAAUCAUGAAGAGCUCAUUUCCAACUCAAAUAGUGUAUAUGUAUCUCUUGUUCAAGGCCACCCUUCUCCGGAUCCUAGCUUGGGACAGUCAUCAAGCAUAAAGAACUCGGUAGAAACAUCCCAUACAUCAAUUAUUGGUGGUAGUUUUCGUUCAGAUACUACUAGCAAUGCAUGUGCUGAUGAAGCAGGAAGUGUUGAAAAGCCGAGGCAUGUUUCAUUAAUAAGAUUAUAUUCAAUGAUUGGUCCUUAUUGGUCUUAUGGAGUUUUUGGAACCUUGGCUGCUUUUACAACUGGUGCUCUUAUGCCACUCUUUGCUCUUGGAAUCUCUCAUGCUCUUGUAUCAUAUUAUAUGGAUUGGGAUAGCACACAACAUGAAGUGAAAAAAAUUGCUUUCCUCUUCUGUGGAGCAGCAAUUGUAGCUAUCACGGCCUAUACCAUUGAACAUCUUUCUUUUGGAAUCAUGGGGGAACGACUUACCCUUCGUGUCAGGGAAAUUAUGAUUUCUGCUAUUUUGAAGAAUGAAAUCGGUUGGUUUGAUGAUACGAGAAACACAAGUACUAUGCUUUCAUCACGUUUAGAGACAGAUGCAACUUUGUUAAAAACUAUAGUGGUGGACCGUUCUACAAUUCUAUUGCAGAAUGUUGGCCUAGUUGUUACUUCAUUUAUUAUUGCAUUCUUUUUGAACUGGAGGAUAACACUUGUUGUCUUGGCAACAUAUCCUUUGAUAAUUAGUGGUCACAUUGGUGAGAAACUUUUCAUGCAAGGAUUUGGUGGCAACCUAAGCAAAGCAUAUCUAAAAGCAAACAUGUUAGCUGGGGAGGCUGUUAGUAAUAUAAGGACUGUGGCUGCAUUUUGUGCAGAAGAAAAGAUUAUUGGUCUUUAUGCUCAUGAGCUUGUUGAGCCAUCCAAACGUUCAUUCAGACGAGGCCAAAUUGCUGGCAUAUUUUAUGGCAUUUCCCAGUUCUUUAUUUUCUCAUCUUAUGGCAUAGCCUUGUGGUAUGGAUCUUUAUUGGUUCAAAAGGAUCUUUCUACCUUUAAAUCAAUCAUGAAGUCAUUUAUGGUUUUAAUCGUAACAGCAUUGGCUAUGGGGGAAACUUUGGCACUUGCACCAGACCUUUUGAAAGGGAAUCAAAUGGUUUCAUCAAUUUUUGAUAUGAUAGAUAGAAAGUCAGGAAUAAUGUAUAAUGUUGGAGAAGAGUUGACGACAGUGGAAGGAACAAUUGAGCUAAGAAAGAUCAAUUUUAGCUACCCUUCAAGACCAAACAUUGUUAUUUUUAAUGAUUUCAAUCUAAUAGUUCCUUCAAGGAAGAGUCUUGCCUUGGUGGGGCACAGUGGUUCUGGUAAAAGCUCAAUAAUCUCACUUAUACUUAGAUUUUAUGAUCCAACAUCUGGGAAGGUUAUGAUUGAUGGAAAAGAUAUCAAGAAAAUGGAUUUGAAAUCCCUAAGGAAGCAUAUUGGUCUAGUACAACAAGAACCAGCACUAUUUGCAACAUCAAUUUAUAAAAACAUUCUUUAUGGCAAAGAAGAAGCAUCAGAAUCAGAAGUGAUUGAAGCAGCUAAACUAGCCAAUGCUCAUAACUUCAUAAGUGCACUUCCUGAUGGCUACAAAACCAAAGCAGGUGAGAGAGGAGUACAACUAUCUGGUGGCCAAAAACAAAGGGUAGCCAUUGCAAGGGCUGUUUUAAGAAACCCGAAAAUAUUACUUCUGGAUGAAGCAACAAGUGCACUCGAUGUAGAGUCGGAACGCGUUGUACAACAAGCUUUAGACAAGUUGAUGCAAAAUAGAACAACAAUUAUUGUGGCACAUAGGCUAACUACAAUAAGAAAUGCAGAUCAAAUAUCAGUUUUGCAGGAUGGAAAGAUUAUUGAGCAAGGUACUCAUUCAAGUCUUAUGGAAAAUAUAGAGGGAGCUUAUUUCAAAUUAGCCAGCUUACAACAACAACCACAUGUACAUAAUACAUGAAUAUUAUAGAUGACAUAACAAAAUUGCCAACACUUUUUUAAUACUUGCUACCACACAGUUAAAUGAAAUGAUUUUGUAACUAUUGUAAAAAUAUACAUUGAGACUUAUAAUAAGUUACAACAAAUUCCCUUUUCAAAGUAAUUUGUUAUGUGGUCAUUAUAUAGUAGUAUAAUUUACUACACAGUUGUGCUGUAUCACAUUUAUGUUGUGCUAAAUAUUUUAUUAGUGUUAAAUUUCAGAAUUAAUAUGCACAACAAAUUAAUUGUC